AUGCGACCAGCUUACGCCAUCGUCUUCCUCGCGCUGGUCGCCGAUGGCCGCCAGCCGCCCGCCGCCGACGUCUACGCGUGGGAUCCAAUGCGCAGCGUGCACGUGCCUGUCGUUGCCUUCAGCCAAGCGGCGUACGAGGUGGCGAUGGCCAACGACCCGCGCCACGCCAAGUACGUGCAGCGACACACGAGUGCGGCCGAGGCCGCCAAGAAGCCACAGAUCAAGGUGCUCGAGCGCAAGCACAAGUACCCGACGCUUGCUGUCGUCAUCUCGAUGACAGUGCUCCUCACCAGUAUGUACAUCAUCAUGCAGUUCUUUAGUUAG